CCGCUUUUGAGCUAAAAUCGAAAUCACGAGACAGCGAUCUGUUCGAAGAAAAUUAUGUGUAGUAAUACACAGUAACGGCAAGAAUGGCAUCUUUAAGACGGAACAUCUUUGAGGGAAUCAAGAGAAAUCUAUCAUCUUCAAGAUGUAACCCUCAAGUGAGGCAGACAAGGAAAGUAACUACUUGGUCACCUCUCGGGGCAGCCUUCAAUGCCAAGACCAAUCGAAAGCUGGACAAGUCGGGCAAGAAUGUGGGUCUCUUUGGAAUGCCAGAGUUGACACGACCAGAGGGCUUUUUAGAAGCACAGGAGAAGUCUUUGGCAGAGGUCAAAGACCUUUUGAACGAGGUCAUCCACACUCAACCCUGCCAAGAGGUCGUUGUACUGUUUGAUAAACUUUCAGAUGCGCUCUGUAGAGUGGCUGAUCUGUCUGAUUUUGUGAGGAUCGCCCACCCAGACGAGAAGUUCCGCAAGGCUGCAGAGGAUGCCUGCAUGGCCGUCAGCGCAACGGUAGAAGUGUUGAACACAAACACAGAGCUACACAGGUCAUUACGUCGUCUCCUUGACGACCGUGCUGUGAUGUCAUCGAUGGACGAGGAAUCUCAGAGGGUUGCUCAGCUCUUCAUGUUUGACUUUGAGCAGAGUGGGAUACACCUGGAAGAAAGCACUAGAAAAAAGUUUGUGAGUCUGAACGAGGAGCUCCUGAUGCUCGGAAGCUACUUCCUUCAGAAUACUCAGAUCGGUCACAGUGUACCUAAGGAUAUGAUCCCACCGCACAUUAAGCAUUGCUUCACAAUAGAUGGUAGCAACGUGACAAUCAACUCACUGUACAGCGAUAGUCCCAAUGAUCUGGUCAGGGAAGCGUCUUACAAAAUCUAUCUCCAUCCGAACAAAGACCAGUCGGAAAUCCUUGACCGUCUCUUAGCAGGACGCCACGAGCUUGCCAACCUGGUGGAAUUCCCCACCUGGGCCCAUCGGGCGCUGAGGGGAACAAUGGCGGGUAGCCCCGAGACGGUCAUGUCUUUCCUGACGUCAACAUCGGAUAAACUUUUUGACAGGGUAGAAAAAGAGAUGGAUGAGCUACGGAGAGUGAAAUCCCAGCACAACCCAUCUUCAGCAGACAUAUUAGCUUGGGAUCCACCAUUCUACAUGGGGUUGACAAGGAGUGACAGGUAUGCCAUCAGUCCCUCAGACUACAAGCCCUACUUCUCCCUCGGAGCAUGCAUGGAAGGUCUCCAGGUUCUCAUGGACAAACUCUACAACAUAGAGCUGGAGAAUGUUCAACCGGACCAUGGGGAGGUCUGGGCUCCGGAUGUGCUCAAACUAGUGAGCAUAUUUCUUUAUUUGUAAUGCAAAUUCUGUUUUCUUUAGUUAUCAACUCUUUUCCUUCUAAACCGCUUAGAGGCAUUAUGCAAUUUGCGGUAUAAAAAUAUCUUAUUAUUAUUAUUAUUAUUGAUUUUUUUUUUUUUAUAUGGAUAGAUUACUCAUGCUAUUAAAAUAGCUUACUAUUAAAAUAGUUUAUUUUAACUCAUAAAUUGAAUUACAUGUUAUUUACAUCAACAAGUGAAGAGAAAUUACAGUAACAUAUUUGAUAUUUAUAUGAUUUAUGUAACAACCAGGAAGGAAAAUUGAUAGGGCUGCUCUUACACAGAGUGAAAAAGUCUUCAGUUAGCUUAGUUGUAUAAAAAAUAACAAUAAAAAACAAGUGACAAAUUAAAAUUGGUACUGGAGGCGGAGGUGCAUUUGAAGAAAAUAAUGGCUAAAAAGCAUUCUGAAUUAGGCCCAUUUCGGAAACCAAAUUUUGGUACACUGUGUACACGGUAUACUGAUUUUGCCCAUAAAAUACAAGUUCUGGUACGCCAGCCUGUAGCCCUGUUACACCUUUCCAGAUGUAACGCAAGCGUAAAGCCGUGAUAACAACCCAGCUUUUGUAACAACCCAACUUCUGACCGAUUUCCAUCUAAAAAUGUAAUAAACAAUUUUGCAGGAGGCACAUGGUGAAGAAAUAUUGUCAACUGGCAAUGUACAUGUACAUGCCAUGAGAUGGACCCUGACCCUCACAUGCGUUUGAAAGGGGUGUAGGGGCA